AUGUGGUUUUUGAUGAUGUUAAUGCUUUUGACAUUGACUGAGCAUGGUGAAUCGAAAAUGUUUAUCAUUGAUUCAGUGCAAUGCACGCCAUCAUCAGGAGGACUCUUAGGGUGCGACUGGAAAGGACCAGGGGAUUAUGUAGGAUCAAGUGUCGACUUUGACACUUUGAUUUUCAGAAGACUGUUUAGUUCUGGGUUCGUUAACAUUUUCAAUUCUCCUGGAUUACGGAUAGUGGAAAUUCAGAGUGGUGAUGCAUCUUGCGGAAACAUCAACGUACCAGAACAUGUGAAAGUGUUUAUAAAAGCCAAGUUAUGUAAUGAGGAUUUGUCAUCCUCAUCACCAUCUGCACUAGGUUCUCCCAAGUCUUCAGGAGAAUCCUUAUUGACCUCAACCUCCUCUUCGUCUUCAUCACCUUCUGAAAAGAGAACAACUAUGACAUUCGACUUUUCGACAACAGAUCAGGCAUAUCCACAUAUUCAAAUUUUUUGGGAAAGAAUCAGUACAUUACAAAUUGCAGUCAUUAUUCUAUCAGUUCUGUCAAUUGCUGUUUGUACAUUUCCCAAACCACGACCAUUACCACCACCAAGCCAAACUGAUUCAGCUUCACAAACAACUACUAAUCCUCGAGUUGUCCAACCUAUCUCUCCUAUCCAAACAACUACACAUGUGCCAUGUUCAAACAAUCGACCUGCUCAACCUUCCCCUCCUAUUCCAACAACUUCAACUCAGGUUCGACAUCCAAGGAACAUUCCACCUUCCUUUCCCAUUGGAAUUCCUACCAGGAGACGGUCAGAAAGACUGAGAAUCAGACAAGUUAAUGUGAUAUGAAUUUUCAACUACCUCUAACCAAGUGUUUUAUCUCAGAGUCACAAUCUCAAUUGUUUUGAGUAGUAUGAAAUAGCUCUUUUUUUUGUGGUUUUUUUUUUUUUUUUUUUUUUUUUUUUACUUCAAACCUGCAGACUGUUUUUAUUGUGUUCAGUAGAUUGUAUGCUUUUUUUAUAUAGUAAAACAAUGUGAAUUACUUACGCAAUGACUUAACAAAUAUUAUUUUUCUUUUCAAUGUAUUUUUAGAACAGGUGUGGAAAUAUAUUGAUAUAUUCAUUCCAUUGUUUUGUUAUUUGUGUUCACUUUCUGCAGGUAAUAGACAUUGUAAUAUCUUUGUUUUGUUUUGUG